AUGGAAUGGAAACUGGAAGAGAAAAGGCCACGAGGCAGACCCAGGAAGAGGUGGGUAGACGUAGUAGAAAAGAAUCUUAAAGCCCUGGGAGUGCAAGAGUGGAAGGAAAUUGUUCAAAAUGGAGAGAGAUGGAGGGAUGUAGUGAUGGCGGCAAAAAUUCUAAUAGAGCUGUAA